AUGCUCACCAGGGAGGCCACGCUCGAACUCGCCGCGGCGGUCAUCUUUGGAGAGGCGUUCUGGGAGCUCAUCAAGUCGCUCUCGGCCGACGCCGUGGCGCCCCUCUUCAACUCGCUCCCCGGCCUCACCACGUGCUGCUGGCGGCUCGACCUCGGCGCCGGCUUUGUGCUCCUUGUGCACGGCGACAACUGGCAGGACGGCGCCGACCUGGACGGCGCCAUCGUCAUCAAGUACCGCCUCCUCUGGGAGGCGGUCCUCUCCUUCAUCAUCGUCAUGGGCGAGGGGCUCCCAGAGCGGCUGGCCAGCGCCGACCCUCCUCUCGCGGUACACGAGGCACUGACAGUGCUCCUCCAGCAUGGCUUUGCCGUCGCGGCGGCCGCGCCGCUGCCGACGGGCGAGAUGCUCUACACUCUGUGUCGGCAAGGGGGCGCGAGGGCGGGGCAGCCGGCCGACGACGACGACGAGCAGCAGAGUUUGCUGCAUCUGUAG